UUUCAAUUGAGAAAAAGCACUGUAAAGGCCAAAUCUAUUUUUUUAAAUCCCCCGUUAAAACGAAACAAUUAUAAAAAAAGUGAUUUAAACUAAAAACAAUAAUAAAACCCUUGUAACCCCAGUUAAAUAAAUUUAUAAAAAAGAGUUAUCGUUAAACAAAAUAAUAUAAAAAAAAACGUGAGACUACCUACGAAUUAUUAGUGAAUAUAGGAAAAAUAUCAUUUUUGAAUAUGUAUACAACGUUUAAUGUUUUUGUGAUUUUAUAUUAAUUUUAAUUAAUUAAGCAGCAGCAAAAUGGAUUAUAUAAGGGAAUUUGAUAUUAAACUCGACAAAGAAUAUUAUUACGCUGGAGAGCAAAUUCAUGGAACUGUUAUUUUGGAUACGAUUGAAAAUUUUAAAUUGCGCACAAUUAGGGUACUUCUAAGGGGUAAGGCUCACGCAGAGUGGAAAGUGAUGCUUUCAGGAGAUCGGAGAACUGUUAAAGAUGAUCAGUAUUUUAUAGACGAAAGACAGGUUAUAUGGGGCGAAAAAAACUUGGACACAACAAUUCCAAUAUUGCCUAGAGGGAUGCACAAAUUUCCAUUCAGAUUUUCGCUUCCUGAAUCCAGUAUUCCGUGUUCGUUUGAGAGCAAACCAGUUUACAUUCGAUAUUACUUUAAAGUCACUAUUGACGUUCCCUAUGCCAGCCCCCCUCAAGGCAUGAAGUACUUCACUGUAAUCGGACCGCACAUAGACUGCAUGGAGGAGCAGUACUUGAAAGCUGUAGUACUAGAAGACCGCAAAAGCACUUGUUGCUGGUGCUGCAAGAGAGGCACAAUCAAACUCAGGUGCGUGAUGGAGCGCACCGCAUACGUCUGCAAGGAAAGCUUGAAGCUGAAAGCUACCAUCGACAAUCAAGGCGAAGACGAGGUCUGGUUGAGAGUCAAGCUCGAACAGUGUUGCGAGUUUUUCAUCGACAGAGGUGUUUUAGGAGUGAGCAAAGACAUAAAACACCUCGUCUUCGAGUAUCGUGGCAGUAGCGUGAAACCUCAUACGAGGAGUAAAUGGGACAGCUCCAAUAGCCUGGUUUUACCUCCAAUGCCCACUAGUUUGGUGGGGAUAUGCCGACUGGUCCAAAUAUAUUACUUAUUAACGAUAAGCUUGGACAGCGCAAAAGAAACUGAUGUUGUGAAUGUUAGUUACCCAAUCACAAUUGGUAACGUACCAUUUCGAAUACCAAACUCCAACCAAAAUCCAGUAAUUAAAUAUGAGCCUGCUUGCAAUCACGUUGAAGGAGGUCAGUAUAUCGGCCCUGAAUUUUUGCUCGGGCAAGUCUACGACGGCAACGAACAUCACCUACGGGAACCAAUCGUUUUAUACAAGCCGGUCUACGUUACAGUAGAUAAGUCCGAGGCUACUAAAAAUUAAACUUAAAAUCGCACAAUCUGACAACACUCAAAAGUUACAUUCCUUUAAAAUUACAUAAAUUGACCAUAGCACAGGAUAUAAAAGUAUGACAAAAUAUGUUCCACACGAAAUGUCAAUAACAAUAUUACUCGAAACUUUUUCGUUGAACUCACAGGGUACCCCUCAAUUUAUUUCAACCUGUUAAGACUGAUUUUUAGCAACAAUAUAUUAGUACUCAAUUUUUACAAUUCGAAAAUAUGUUCUCCUAAUGAAUGUAUACAAAGGAAUUGAAAGACGAGUUUCCUUUACCAUUUUUUAGAUUUUGCAAAAUUGCAGUUAUUGAGUUAUUCAAGUUUUAAGGCCGCCAAUGAGAGGUUUGUUCGAAUGUAUGUAGGUAGGCAACCCGGAUUACGAAUCGGUAAUAUUUUGUUUAGAUUAUUGUAUUUGGGUGUCGUUUAUUUCAAAUGUUUUUGUAUUAAACCAUCUAAAGUUAAAUAAAUGUUGUGUGCAGAAUAUUCGCGAAAACCAAAAUAAUAUAUGUAGUUUAUCACAAAACGCACCAAUUUGUAUAAAUUAGUUUUUUUAUUAUAUUGACAAUAAAUCUCAGCAUUUUUCUUGCCUAUCUUUGUUCCAACAAGAGUAUCAACUGUCAAAAUCAGUCAGUGAUAUUUAUAGGAACAAACCUGUUUUUUACUGUACUCUUCACAAAAAAUUAAGCUAUAAAAAGUAGAUUAAUACGUAAAUAAAACACCACGUUAUGAUUUACCAAUAAAAAUUUUGAUAAUUAUAACAAUACAAUCGAUGAACUGAGGUGUAUUGUACCAAUAUAUCUAUGUGCCAAAACGACAAUUUAAUUUAUUACUGUACAAUGUAUUUUUAUAAAAUAUCGUUAAAUGUUUUUUAUGUAAAUUAAAGGUUAACAU